AUGAUUACGGUACACGACUACCGGACUCCGAACCUUACGCACUCCAUCGGACCAUACCAAAGAAGCCGACAGCAUAAUCCCUUUGUCAACAACCCCAGCGAUUAUCACAUUAAACAAUCUCUUCUGCCCCGGCUUGCGGAACCUCAGGAUCCUCGGCUGCACCGUGAUGUUAUGGGUCGGGCCCACACUCGUCGUCACAGUGUAUCUGCCUCUUCCGGGCCCCACGUGAGUGACGGUUCUUCUGAAUUUUACGAUAAACGCCGGGGCUUUGUCCCCGCGCCGCGUCUUGAUCUGUCUGGUCAGGGAAGGAAGGUGACCAAUCAGGAUGAAAUGAUUUCACGUAAGCAGCUGCACCUGUCACGUGCGGGCACGACAUUGAUGUUCCUGACAUUAUACUGUAUUUUACGGAUCUUUUAUCUGAAGGGUAAUCUGAAGGCGAGGCCAAAGGGGAAAAGGCUGCCAGUAUUUCUACACCAGUUUACCUUCAAAAUAUCUGGCAGGAUAACAUUUGGACCUCUCGAAGAGAAUCCAGCCACCUUAGGGGCAUCGACGUUCCGUAUAGAUUCACUCUUCAAUAUGUCCAAUGUUGGAGAUCUGUAG